UGUGCUUGUGACUGAAAAUGGUUCAAAUUGAGGACGCUUUGAGUCCUCCUUUUUCUACAUGAAACCAUCCUCCACUCUUCUUCUUCCCGCAUUAUUAUCUCGUUAUAAUAUUUUUUAUUCCGCCGGUUCUCCUUCUGUGAUCGUCUCGUCUCCCUGCUGCUCUCAGAUCAGCUGUACCGGACGGCUCCGUGUCUCCAGCUGUGUGGCUCCAGUCCCGCAGGCAGGGUCGGCCAUGUUGUUGUGUGGGGGUUGAUGUAAGUUUAGUAGUAGGAAGUAGAGGCGACAAAGAGCUGGGACACUUUAGGAUCUCACUUUUUUUUUUUUUGAAUCACUGUCAUGCUGCAGCAGGAGUCAUCCUCUCUGACAAGAAUGACUAUCUCCUACAUCGCCUGCGCCAUCCUUAACCACUGUAACACUGCUUUGAUUUAACUUGAGCACUAAAUCUCACCACAGUUGCUCUGCUGGAUGGAUGAAGUGAGGAUGAAGGCGGUUCGGUCCCGGUUGGAAUAACUCGGAUUUUUUCCCCCCGGAUCUGAUUCAAGGGGAGGAGAAUUAUUUUUUUUUUUUAAAAAGAAGCAGAAUACACAGAAGAAAGACGCGGAUUUGUGAAGGCAGGGCGAGACAAUGGGCUGCAUUAAGAGCAAAGAGGACAAAGGCCCUACGAUGAAGUAUCGGCCAGAGAAUUCCACGGUGUCAGACCCCAACUCCACCGCCACCACACCUCACAUAGGUCACUACGGACCGGAUCCCACCCAGCUGCAGCAGAAUCAACCUCCCUCCUCAUCAGGCCCUGGGGCUGCAAACUUCAACCACACCCUCACGCCGUUUGGCGGCUCCUCAUCUGCCAUAACUCCCUUUGGAGGGGCGUCAUCCUCCUUCUCUGGCCCUGUGUCCAACUCAUUCUCUGGUGCUGUCUCAAGUGGCGUUACUUUCUUUGUGGCCUUGUAUGACUAUGAAGCCAGAACAUCAGAUGAUCUCUCAUUUAAAAAAGGAGACAGAUUCCAGAUCAUCAACAAUACAGAAGGAGACUGGUGGGAGGCUCGCUCCAUCAACACAGGGAGGAAAGGCUACAUCCCGAGCAAUUAUGUGGCCCCUGCUGACUCCAUUCAGGCUGAAGAGUGGUACUUUGGUAAAAUGGGACGCAAAGAUGCUGAGAGGUUGCUGCUGAAUCCAGGGAACUAUCGAGGAACUUUCCUGGUGCGAGAAAGUGAAACUACUAAAGGUGCUUAUUCUCUCUCCAUACGAGACUGGGAUGAAGCCAAAGGAGACAAUGUCAAACACUACAAGAUCCGCAAGCUUGACAGUGGGGGAUACUACAUCACUACAAGAGCGCAGUUUGACACAUUACAGAAGCUUGUCAAACACUACACAGAGCAUGCCGAUGGGCUUUGCCACAGGCUGACCACAGUUUGCCCCACAGUCAAGCCUCAGACCCAGGGGCUUGCUAAAGAUGCCUGGGAGAUCCCUCGGGAGUCCUUGCGACUGGAGCUCAAACUGGGCCAGGGCUGCUUUGGAGAGGUUUGGAUGGGCACGUGGAAUGGCACCACUAAGGUGGCCAUAAAGACACUGAAGCCGGGCACCAUGUCACCUGAGGCCUUCCUCCAAGAGGCUCAGAUCAUGAAGAAGCUCAGACACGACAAACUGGUGCCUCUUUAUGCUGUGGUGUCUGAGGAGCCCAUUUAUAUCGUCACAGAGUACAUGGCCAAAGGAAGCCUGCUUGACUUCCUCAAAGAGGGUGACGGAAAAUUCCUGAAGCUCCCCUUGUUGGUGGACAUGGCUGCACAGAUCGCUGACGGCAUGGCCUUCAUCGAGAGGAUGAACUACAUCCACAGGGACCUGCGUGCUGCCAACAUUCUCGUCGGCGACAACCUGGUGUGCAAGAUCGCCGACUUUGGUCUGGCCAGGUUGAUAGAGGACAAUGAGUACACAGCGAGGCAAGGAGCCAAAUUCCCAAUUAAAUGGACGGCCCCAGAGGCCGCCCUGUACGGCCGCUUCACCAUUAAGUCAGACGUCUGGUCCUUUGGGAUCUUACUCACUGAGCUCGUCACAAAAGGCAGAGUGCCCUACCCAGGCAUGGUGAACCGUGAGGUACUGGAGCAGGUGGAGCGAGGCUACCGCAUGCCCUGCCCCCAGGGGUGCCCCGAGUCCCUGCACGAGAUGAUGAAGCUCUGCUGGAAGAAGGACCCAGAUGAGAGGCCCACUUUCGAGUACCUUCAGUCCUUCCUGGAGGACUAUUUCACCGCCACAGAGCCACAGUACCAACCUGGAGAGAACCUAUAGCUUGCCUGGACUCAGCAGCGUAUCCCUACGCCUGGGAGCAGACUUGCUUAAAGACAGAGAGAAGACGAGCUCUUAAUUAUUCUACGCUAUAAAAAGUCGACUGGAAACCAGGCUGACCAGUCGCAUAAACCACUACUCGCUCUCCCCAUUUUUUUUUUUUCAUUCAGCAUCUGUAACCAUUUAGUUUUAUUUUCAUGUAUUUUUUGUUUUCAUUCAUGGUACUAUGCAAAUCUUAGCUGUGGGAAAUGUUUGAUUUUUAAUGUGGGUUUUUAUCACCAUGUACAAUGAUGACUGUGGUAGAUAAAGACAUUCAUUCACUACAUGUGGGUUUUCUUUCUCAUAAACACAGUGUAUUGCUGUGAAAUAAGCUGUGAUAAUGCCUCACAAUAGAAAAACAUAUUGUUGAGAAUGGCAGUCCAACUGUUGGGCUUUUAUGUGGUUUAAUGUGGAGAUGUCACACUCCAUUUGCCUCCAAAUUGUAUUCUUUUGUGGUGAAUUGGUAAAUUAUGCAUCAAAACAAUUAAUUAUUAAUAGAGAUAAUAUAUCAAACUAAUAGGGAGAAGCUCUCAGGGGACUCAUUAUCACAGUCCAUUUGACAGUGAUUAUUUAAAAGUAAAUCCCACACAGUUUAACUUUAGUUUCAUUUCAUCAGCUAAAGUGCAUUUUGACAUGGUCUUUUAUUCCUUUCUAAUCUACAAUGCAUUUUGUUUUUUUAAAUAUCAUGUUCUUCUAUGUUCCUUUAUCAUAAGAAUGUAUUAUCACAAAUUAUUCAUAUCAUAUGGACAUGGUUUUAUAGCUUCAUUUGAAGACUUUCCCUACUGUCCAUCAUCAUCCAUAAAUCUCUGCUAAGGCUUUUUUAAAACAAUGCCAUAAUUCUUUCUGUCUCUCACUGCCCAGGUUGUAUAACCUCAUUGUGAUCACUACAGAGACAUGCUUACACAACGAUCUUUAUAAUGGGUCAGUGAGUUAAACAGUGAUGAAACUCGUGGACUUGUGGCUUAUUUCCAAGCCAGAAUAACACUUCACAUAUGACAUUUCUGACAACUAAGGACACAGGAUGAUUUCCCUGAAUCUAAAACUCUUUCUAAAAGCGGAAAUCAUGAACAAAGCCACCAAAUAAGUUGAGAAACAACCAUGGUGUCGUCUCAAAUGUGACUGACCAAGAACUUGGGACUCUUUCAUGUUCAUGUAUCUAAGAUGGUUCUGCAAAAUCAAUUUGUAUUGCAAUGAUAACUGUUUUUUACAGUGAUUUUAUCUUUGUUUGUUCCUGUAUGGACUCGUUGGGGCAGUAUUAUGAUGGGAAUAACACUAAUUGACGCCUGAUCUUGUAAAGAAGGGCUUUGUAUAUUAUAAAAUCGUCAUUUUAUAAGAUUAUUAAUGAAAAUGGACAAGAUUGCAAAAUAUAUUUGGGAGGGAGGUAGUGGGUGGAGACUCAUCGGAGUGAAUUUGUACAAUAAAGAUGUGAUCUUAAACA